AUGGGACGACUAGACGGCAAGGUUGCGCUCAUAAGCGGCGGCGCGCGCGGACAGGGCGCAGCCGAAGCGCUGCUAUUCGCCAGGGAAGGCGCGAAGGUGGUCAUCGGCGACCUGCUCGACGACGAGGGCAGUCAGAUUGAGGCGCAGAUAGCCGAACUCGGCGGCGACGCGACCUAUGUCCAUCUCGACGUAACCAGCGCACGCCGAGUGGGACGACCGCAGUGCAGACCGCGCUCGACCGCUACGGCAGGCUCGACAUCCUCGUCAACAACGCCGGCAUCCUCGGUGCACGCACCGGCUUAG